AUGGAAAGUCUCCUGGAAGCGAUGGACUUCCAGUGCAUUUUUAUAAAAGCUUCCAAGCCAAGCUUCUAAAACUCCCACUGAGUAUGAUCCAGGCAGCAGCUGACUCCCAGAGUCUAUGUUUAGCUACUAUAACACUGUUGAAGAAAAAAGAUAAGGAUCCUCUGUUGUGUGGCUCAUUUCGUCCAGUCUCGUUAUAAACGGUUGACUACAAGAUUAUUGCUAAAGUUUUUGUGCAGAGACUGGAAACGGUUGUACAAAAAUGUAUCAGGAUUUAUGCAAGGAAGUUGACCUCAGACAAUAUCCGCAUAUUUUACGUGAUUUACCACACUCAUAGCCUGAACACUCCUAAUGUAGUUGUAUCAGUAGACGCUGAAAAAGCCUUUUAUACAGUGGAGUGGAUUUCCCUGUUAGCUGUGCUGGAAAUAUUUAAUUUUGGGCAAGUAUUUACAUCAUUUACAUCAACUAUUAUAUAAAUCACCAAAAGCCCUCUAUAAAAACAAACGGCCAGAUAUCGGAUCCUUUUAGCUUAUUUAGAGGAACAAAACAAGACAACUCCUAUCUUUUGUAUUUGCUCUUGCGGUUGAACCUUUAGCUUCAAUAAUCAGCUCGCUUAAUGUUAUUCAAGGAAUAUACAUAGGUGGAGAUUUCAUGUUAUUUCUUUGUAUGCAGACAACAUAUUAUUUUACCUCUCCAACCCAGAGCAAUAUUUGUUUUCCCUUCUAGAACUAUUGGUGGCAUUUGGUUCAGUUUCAGGCUUUAAAGUGAAUUGGGGAAAAACUGAAAUUGUGCCUAUUUCGAAUUUUGACUCAAAUCCUCUAGAAAGACGCUAUAAGUGGAAAUGGUCCCACUCUCACUUAAAAACGCUGAGGGUGCUGCUUAAGUAA